UUUCAAAGAUUAACGUAUUGGUACAUGAACAUACACUAACGUAAAAAAUAACAACAAUUCCAAAACAUUUCAGGUAUUCACGCAUUCAUGGCUAUAAAACGUGAAAUCAUCACCACAAACAACAACAAUAACAAUAACCGCUGAAUAAAAAUAUGAAAAUUCUUUUCCGCAUCUGCGAACCACGUGACCCUCGGUCGCGUUUGAACCGACCUAUCAAAUCCCUUUUUUGCGAACACGUCAUCUGCCCAAUCAGAAGCGCCGCGCGCAUGAGCUAGCCAAUCAGAUUCUGGCUUUCUCUUGGGCACAACAUUUUAAACGGAGCUCGCGACGCUGAUUUGUGUUGAGUUAAUGCUGAGAGGAGUUGUUGGUACAGGAGUGUUUUUUUUUAAUCCGCGGUACAGCGCAAACUGUUGGUUUUAGGACGCGGUGUAUGAUAAGUUCUAGGACCUCAGACUUUAAUACUACGAGUUUGACAGCUGCAGAGCAUCAUGGGAGAUGACAGUGAGUGGAUGAAGCUUCCCACAGACCAGAAAUGUGAACACAAGGUUUGGAAAGCGAGGUUAAGUGGCUACUCAGAGGCUCUGCAACACUUCCAGAGGAUUUCAGAUGAGAAGAGUCCGGAGUGGGGCAAAUACCAAGGCCUGAUCAAGAAAUUUGUGACGGACUCGAACGCCGUGGCGCAACUUAAAGGACUCGAGGCGGCUCUAGCUUAUGUUGAAAAUGCACAUGUUGCAUCGAGGACUGUUGGUGAGGUCGUGUCCGGAGUGGUGUGUAAAGUCUUCAACCAGCCCAAAGCACGUGCCAAAGAGCUCGGCUCGGACAUCUGCCUGAUGUACAUCGAGAUCGAGAAAGGGGACGUGGUUCAGGAAGAGCUUCUCAAAGGCCUGGAUAACAAGAACCCGAAAAUCGCUCUGGCCUGCGUGGAAGUGUUGAGACGGGCGGUGAGUGAAUUUGGAGCCAAGAUCGUCACCCUGAAGCCGGUUGUGAAGGUUCUCCCAAAGCUCUUCGAAUCCCGAGAGAAGGCGAUUCGGGACGAGGCCAAACUCCUUGCUGUUGAGGUCUACAGAUGGAUCCGAGAUGCGCUGCGUCCUCCGCUUCAGAACAUCAACUCCAUCCUGCUGAAAGAGCUGGAGGAUGAGUGGGCGAAGGCGGCGGCGCCUCAGCAGAGUCGGUUCCUCCGGUCGCAGCAGGACCUUCGAGUCAAGUUUGAGCAACAGCAGCAGGACGGAGAAGAAGAAGGAGAUGAUGACGUGGUGGAAGCGGCUCCUGCUGUCGAUGCUUAUGAACUGCUGGAAGCAGUGGAAAUCCUCUCCAAGUUACCUAAAGACUUCUUUGAGAAGAUUGAGGCAAAGAAAUGGCAGGAGAGGAGGGAGGCCUUGGAAGCUCUGGAAGCUUUAACCAGAAACCCCAAGCUGGAGACCGGGGAGUAUGGAGACGUCAUCAAGGCUCUCAACAAGGUCAUCGGAAAGGACACAAACGUCAUGCUGGUGACGCUCGCUGCCAAGUGUGUAGCCGGGCUUGCCGUUGGUCUCCGGAAGAAAUUUGGCACCUAUGUUGGUCAUUUGGUGCCAACCAUUUUGGAGAAGUUCAAGGAGAAGAAAGCUCAUGUGGUUCAGGCACUGCAAGAAGCGUUGGAUGCAGCAUUCCUUUCUACGACGCUUGAGAAAAUAAGCGAGGACGUGCUGGCUGUGAUGGACAACAAAAACCCAUCGGUCAGGCAGCAGGCUUCGCUGUUCCUCGCCAGAAGCUUCCGCCAUUGCACUCCCACCACACUGCCGAAAAACCUUCUCAAACCCUUCUGUGUUGCGUUGCUGAAGCAAGUGAACGAUUCUGCUCCCGAGGUUCGAGAUGCAGCCUUUGAAGCGUUGGGAACGGCGCUCAAAGUGGUGGGUGAGAGGGUCGUUAACCCUUUCCUGGCUGAUGUGGAUAAACUGAAAGUUGACAAGAUCAAGGAGUGUGCAGAGAAAGUGGAGCUGCUCGGAGGAAAGAAAGCUGCAGGCCAGGUGAAUGAGAAAAACGCUCCGAAAGCCCCACCUGCUGCAUCAGCUCCAAAUAAACCACCUGCCCCUGCCAAGAAAGCACCUACGGCCACUGCUGCGAAGUCCUCUGCCCCCAGCAAGAAGGGCAAACCCUCUGCACCCAAGGGAACAUCUGCUCCUGCCAAAGCUAAGAAACCCGACAUGACUGAAGCCGAGCUCUCUCCUGAGGUGUGUGAGGAAAAAGCUGCUGCAGUUCUUCCAGCGUCCUGUAUGCAGUUGCUGGAAAGUGCGAACUGGAAGGAAAGGGUGGCUGCCAUGGAGGAGUUUCUUAAGGCCAUAGAGCUCAUGGACGAUAAAGAGAUGCCCUGCCAAGCUCUCGUCCGGAUGCUGGCCAAGAAACCUGGCUGGAAAGAGACCAACUUCCAGGUGAUGCAGCUGAAGCUGCAGGUCGUUUCCGUCGUGGCUCAGAGAGGCUCCUUUUUCUCCAGAACCUCAGCCCUGGCUGUGCUGGAAGCUGUGGUGGAUAAAGCUGGAGAUGUGAAGUGUGGCGUGAGGGCAAGAGAGGCUCUGACUGCUAUCGCCGAAGCCUGCACUCUCCCGUGGACUGCGGAACAGGUUGUAUCCAUGGCCUUUGGUCAGAAGAACCCUAAAAACCAGGCUGAAGCUCUGAACUGGCUUUGUGGUGCAAUAAAGGAGUUUGGGUUUGCAGGAAUAAAUGUAAAGGCGUUUAUUAAUAACGUGAAGACUGCUUUGGCUGCCACCAAUCCAGCUGUGAGAACUGCUGCCAUCUCUCUCCUGUCCGUGAUGUACCUGUACAUGGGCGCUCCUCUCCGCAUGUUUUUCGAGGACGAGAAAGCCGCACUGCUUUCGCAAAUAGACGCAGAGUUCGAAAAGAUGAAGGGCCAAAUUCCGCCUCCUCCUAUAAGAGGUCUGUCGAAAACGAAUUCGGAAGAAGGCCAGGAGGAAGGCGAUAAAGAGGAAGAAAAUGACGGCGGUGCAGAUGUUGUGGAUCUUCUGCCUCGAACAGACAUCAGUGACAAAAUCACCUCAGAAAUGGUGUCAAAAAUCGGUGAUAAGAACUGGAAGAUGAGGAAAGAGGGACUGGAGGAAGUUACCGCUGUAAUUUCUGAGGCUAAAUUCAUCAACCCCAACAUCGGGGAACUUCCUGUGGCACUUAAGGCUCGCCUUACAGACUCCAAUAAAAUACUGGUCCAGCAGACUCUCGCCAUCCUACAGCAGAUGGCCACAGCAAUGGGUCCUGCCCUAAAACAGCACGUUAAAGGCCUUGGCUUCCCGAUCAUCACUGUACUCACUGACAGCAAGAAUGCUGUGCGUGCCGCAGGUUUGGCUACUCUGAAUGCAUGGGUGGAUCAGACUGGGAUGAAGGAGUGGUUGGAGGGGGAGGACUUGGCUGAAGAGCUGAAGAAGGAUAAUCCCUUCCUCAGACAAGAGCUGUUGGGGUGGCUGGCUGAAAAAUUACCCACCUUGCGCUCGGUUCCCUUGGAUUUUGCGUUGUGUGUUCCUCAUCUCUACUCCUGCUUGGAGGACCGUAACGCAGAUGUGCGGAAAAAAGCCCAAGAUGCACUUCCAGUCUUCAUGAUGCACCUGGGUUAUGACAAGAUGAACAAAGCUGCUGCUAAGCUGAAGCCGGCAUCUAAAGAUCAGCUGGUUGCCAUGUUGGAAAAAGCCAGAUCUGCCAUGCCUGCCAAACCUGCUGCUCCGAGUAAAGCAGCGCCUGCUAACCCCAUCAGUGUAAAGCCAGCUGCAGCUCCUCCUGUUCCAGACAAAACUGUUCCCGUGAGUGAACCUCCAGCAGAAUCCAAAAAGACCAAACCAGCAGCUGCUCCUAAAGCUAAGACUGUUGUGAAGAAACUCCCUGGCAAGGUUGAGGAAGAGCGGGACAGUCCCAUCUUCAUCCUUGUUCCCAACGGGAAAGAGCAACGGAUCAAGGAAGAGAAAAGCCAAAAGGUUUUAAAGUGGAACUUUGUAACGCCACGUGAGGAGUUUGUCGAUCAGCUGAAGAAUCAGAUGGCUGCCUGUGUGAAUAAAUGGCUGAUGGAAGACCUCUUUCACACGGAUUUCCAAAAGCACAUCAAGGCAAUCCGCACCAUGAUGGAGCACCUGGAGGCGGAGUCCGAGGCUACGGUCAGCUGUUUGGAUCUGAUCCUGAAGUGGUUCACCCUGCGCUUCUUCGAUACGAACACCAGCGUGCUGAUGAAGGCUCUGGAGUAUCUUAAGCUCCUCUUCAUCACUCUCAGUAACCAGGACUACCAUCUCACUGAGCAUGAAGCCACGUCGUUCAUCCCUUACGUCAUCCUAAAGAUGGGUGAGCCAAAAGACGUGGUGCGUAAAGACGUGCGCAGCAUCUUCAGCCUUUUGCGCAAAGUUUACCCAGCUAGCAGAGUCUUCCCUUUCCUCAUGGAUGGCACGAAGUCCAAAAACUCCAAACAGCGAGCUGAGUGUCUGGAGGAGCUCUGCUGUCUUGUUGGGCUGUGCGGGAUGUCUGUGUUCCAGCAGACAGCUGCGAAAUCCUUGCGUGAAAUUGCAGUCCAUAUCGGUGACCGAGACACAGCCGUUCGUAACGCUGCCCUGAACACUGUUGUGGCGGCUUAUAACGUCUGUGGAGAGCAAGUGUACAAACUCGUUGGUCAGUUGUCAGAAAAAGACAUGAGCAUGUUGGAAGAGAGAAUCAAGCGUUCAGCUAAGAAACCCUCGGCCCCCGCGGCUCCUGUCAACAAACUUCAGCCGGAGGAGAAAACUUCUGGGCUGGUAACACCUAGCCUGCUACGCAGACCAAACUCUGAAGCAGUAGCACCUCCUAAGUUGAGUGAGAUCCGACGUCAGAAUCCAGCAGUUCAGCAGCAGAGCCCUGUAGUGCCGCGCCAGUUUCAGCUCGACCCCAAUUUCAUUGUGGAUCUUCCUGAAAUGGUCAUGCCCGACCUUCUGGUGGUGGAGACUGAUGGAUUGUCACCUCUGGACGUGCCAGAGUACAAGAUUCCUUCAGUCUCCAGCAGCACUGAAGAAUCUGUAGGCAGCAUUAGUCUGGUCAUUUCGCAGGUUGCCAGCUCGGAUGCACAAACCAGCAUGCAAGGAUUGGCUAAGAUAGUGGAGAUUUUGCGCAAGGAGAGCGAAUGGAAGCUGAUGUCAGGUCACGUGGACGAGUUCAUCGUCGCGGUGCUGAUGCAGCUCGGCUUACAGGCCAGCAGGCACAUGGGGAAUGAAGGAACUCAGCACGUGGAGAAACUCUACACUUCUGUUAUCUGCUCUCUGAGCUCGCUGGCUUUGGCAGGCAAACUGGCUCAGGAAGCUUCCCUGGGUGUGCUGAAAAAUCUGAUUCAGGCUCUGCUAUCGCUCUCGCUGGAUCCUCGGCACCAGCGGAGCUCCGGAGAAUCUCAAGCGCUCAGCCGCUCCAUUCAUAUCCUGCUCUCGACUUUAUUCCAGACUGCUGAUCCAACAAACACGUUCAGUGCUUUGCUGAUGCUCUUACAGGAGGCCAGUAACUCCACUGCAAGCACAGAGUUUUCUGAAAUUGUUAUGAAGUGUCACUGGCGUAUGAUCAAGCUGCUUCCGGAGAAGAUAGAGUCCCUUUACCUGGACAGAGUUCUUCUGGACAUCCACAAGUUCAUGCAGGCUUUUCCCAAAGAGCUGCUCAAACAGAAACCCUACAACAUGGCUCACCGCACCGUCAAAACGCUGCUGCACACGAUGUGCAGACUCGUCGGCCCCAAGAUUAUUGAUCAUCUGAGCCUGAUUGAGAACAGCAGCGAGUCAGAAGUUGAAGCUCAUCUGAGGAGAGCGAUGAAGCACUCCGUCGCAGCACCAACUCCGACGUCCCAGAACACACAAAACAUGGCCAAGAUGAAGGUCCAGGCUUCUGCAGAUGCUCAGAAAGGCAUGACAGCAGCAGCAUCAAACUCCAGUACCGAAACUCUUGGUGCCGCUCACUUUCAGGAGAAACUGAGAGUUCUGAAGCAGCUCUACGGCCCUCAUGGCAACACAAAGGCGAAUGAGGACAAGUCCAGCCUCCCUGUAGUGAGCACUAAGCCGUGCGUCCCUUCCUCGAUGGAUAUGCUGCGGUCUCAGCUGUCUAAACUGCGUGAGUCUCGUGAACAGCAAGGCUGUGAAAAUGUCAAGCCUCCCAGUCCUCCUGCUGAUAUUGACGAGUUCCGAGCAAGACUGGAGAAGAUUAAAGCCAGCAUGCGUUGAUCACGCCCAUCCAAACGUCUCUGUAUUUACUUGUUUGUAUUUAUCUGUACAUAUUUUAACUUGUUUGUCUCUUAUUCGAGGUUUUUGAAUAACUGUCGGUCUCGAUGUUUCUCCAAUGCUUUUACUUAUGCUCUUGUUCAAAUAAAUACAU